AUGGGCACGCAGCGAAGUAGCUACAACGAGGCACCUUUGGCCACGCAGCGAAGUUUCUACAACGAGGCUUCCAUGGUCAUGGGCACCCAACGGAGUAGCUAUAACGAGGCGCCCUUGGCCAUCGGCAUGGGUACGCAGCGAAGUAGCUACAACGAGGCUCCCAUCAUGGGCACCCAACGGAGUCGCUACAACGAGGCACCCUUGGCUAUCGGCAUGGGUACGCAACGAAGUAGUUACGACGAGGCCCCUUUGGCCAUCGGUAUGGGCACGCAGCGGAGCAGGCUCCCGACAAAAGACGGACCCGUCUAG